AUGCGUGCAAAUACCAUUGAUAUUCAUCCAAAUGCCACAUGGUCCACAAAUGGUAUUACUGUUGCUGGAGGACAUGAAGAUGGCAGUGAAACCAAUCAACUCAAGUACCCAUAUGGUCUAUACGUCGACGACGAUCUAACAAUUUAUGUUGCUGAUUGUUCUAAUCAUCGUAUUAUGGCAUGGAAAUCUGGUGCAACGAAUGGCACCGUAGUUGCUGGUGGCAAUGGAAAAGGUAAUGGAACUAAUCAAUUGAAUGGCCCACGAGAUGUGAUUAUCGACAAAGAAAACGAUAGUCUCAUCAUCUCCGAUUACGACAACAAAAGAGUAGUUCGUUGGCCUCGUCGAAAUGGUACUGAAGGAGAAACAAUUAUUUCAAAUAUCUCUUGCAGGGGUUUAACAAUAGACGUCAAUGGUUAUCUCUAUGUUGUUGACAAUGAAAAAUAUGAAGUAAGACGAUUUAAAAUGGGUGAUACUCAAGGAACACUAGUUGCAGGCGGCAAUGGAAAAGGAAGUCGUCUCCAUCAACUCUCUGAUCCCAGCUACGUCUUUGUCGAUCGAGAACAUUCCGUUUAUGUGUCUGAGCGUGGAAAUCAUCGUGUCACAAAAUGGGAACAAGGUGCAAAACAAGGCAUUGUUGUAGCUGGUGGUCAAGGACGAGGAAAUAGUCUUACACAAUUGCAUGAUCCUCAAGGAGUCGUUGUUGAUCAAUUGGGUACUGUCUACGUGGCUGAUCAUUUUAAUCAUCGAAUUAUGCGUUGGCCAAAAGGUGCCAAACAAGGAACUGUCAUUAUUGGUGGAAACGCUUCUAGAUCACAGUCAAAUCAACGCCUGUGUCCCAUAAUAGGUUUAUCCUUCGAUCGACAUGGUAAUCUCUAUAUCGUCGAUUGGGGAAAUCAUCGAGUACAAAAAUUCAAAAUAAAAUAA